GCGGGCUCUUCCGGUCGAUCCUCGGCUUCAUCCAUUGACGAACCAGCCCAGGUGAACAUGGCGGGAUUCCUGAAGGCUCUGACCACCACGUCCAGAGGCGCCGCCGCCGCUGGACUCACUCUGAACCCCGCGGUGGUGUCACCGGCCGUCGCCCGCCUCCACAGACCGCAGCAGAGGAGCUAUGCAACAAAGCGCAUCAAGGUGGAGCAGCCGGUGGUGGAGAUGGACGGAGACGAGAUGACUCGCAUCAUAUGGGAGUUCAUCAAAGAGAAGCUCAUCCUGCCAAACGUGGAUGUGGAGCUGAAGUACUUUGACCUGGGUCUUCCCUACAGAGACCAGACUGAUGACCAGGUCACCAUAGACUCUGCACUGGCCACUCAAAAAUACCACGUGGCCGUCAAGUGUGCCACCAUCACUCCCGAUGAGGCCAGGGUUGAGGAGUUUAAGCUAAAGAAGAUGUGGAAGAGUCCAAAUGGAACCAUCAGGAACAUCUUGGGUGGCACAGUUUUCCGUGAACCAAUCCUUUGUAAAAAUAUUCCCCGUCUUGUUCCUGGUUGGACGCUGCCCAUAACAAUCGGUAGACAUGCUUUUGGCGAUCAGUACAGAGCCACAGACUUCGUUGUUAACCAGCCAGGCAAGUUCAAGAUGGUGUUUUCUCCAGCUGAUGGGAGCCAGAAGAAGGAGUGGGAGGUGUACGACUUUCCUGCUGGGGGCUGUGGGAUGGGAAUGUACAACACUGAUGAGUCCAUCACUGGAUUCGCUCACAGCUGCUUCCAGUAUGCCAUCCAGAGGAGGUGGCCUCUGUACAUGAGCACCAAGAACACCAUACUGAAGGCCUACGACGGCCGCUUCAAAGACAUCUUCCAGGACAUCUUUGAGAGGAAUUAUGAGCCUGAGUUUGACAAGCUGAAGAUCUGGUACGAGCACCGCCUCAUCGAUGACAUGGUGGCUCAGGUUCUGAAGUCGUCCGGAGGUUUUGUUUGGGCCUGUAAGAAUUACGACGGAGACGUGCAGUCCGACAUUCUGGCUCAGGGCUUUGGGUCUCUGGGUCUCAUGGCGUCAGUGCUUGUAUGUCCUGACGGUAAGACCAUCGAGGCGGAAGCUGCACACGGCACCGUCACCAGGCACUACCGUGAACACCAAAGGGGAAGACCAACCAGCACCAACCCCAUCGCCAGCAUCUUCGCUUGGACCAGGGGACUGGAGCACAGAGGCAAACUGGAUGGAAACCCUGAUCUGAUGAAAUUCUCCCAGACAUUAGAAAAAGUCUGCGUGGAAACUGUGGAAAAUGGUUUGAUGACCAAGGACCUUGCAGGCUGCAUCCAUGGCUUGGCCAACUGCAAGCUGAAUGAACAUUACAUCAACACAUCAGACUUCCUGGAUGCGAUUAAGAGCAACCUGGACAAAGCUCUGGGCAAAUGAAAAACAAACACUUCCUAACUUGUAUAAACCUUUGUAUCCAACUUGAAAGGAAGCAAGUUCUGUGCCUUUGUGUAUUUGAAUAGCUCACUUACACAUCACUGUUCCUCUGCCUUUAUCGCUGCUUUUUUACUGCACAAAUUGAAUGAUUUUAUUGUAUUAGUUCCAAUGUUAACUUAUAAUGAACAUAUCAGCCUUUUAAUGUAAUAUAAUGCCAUGUUUUGCACUUUCCUUAUGAAUACAAAGAGUAAUGAUUGAUAAUCAAUCAUUAACAAG